GGUGCAGAGGCAAGGGUGUCACCUGGGAGCACGAGCCUCCUUCCGCCGUCGGCCGGCAGCUCCGCAACGUCUCCAUAGAAGAGGGUCGGGAGGAGUACUCGCACGCUUCUGAUCCGAACGAGAGAGCAGUGCACAAGUGCAUGCAUGUGGAGUAUGAGGCCGACCGCCACCCAUUCGAGGGCAUCGGUGCCCUUAGCGCGGGUGCAUCCUCGAGGCUACUCCAGGAUUAUCCCGCGGCGCAAAAGGAAGUGAUCCUGGACUUGCUGUUCAAGUACGGUGCUUCGCUCCAGAUACUGAAGGUUGAAAUCGGCGCGGACACGCAGCACCGGACCGAGCCAAACAAAGGGACGGGUCCUGCAAUGUCCGACAGUAUUGAUUUCAGACGAGCUGUGGUUUCGUGGACAAGGACGGAGCAGUGGGCGAGGGCUCUGCAUUGCAGCAUCAAGGUAAAGCCCUCGCAGAUCACCUGGAAUAUGCUCAUCGCCUCGGAGAACCGUUGGGCUGCCAGCUUCAGCAAUCUCAGGACACUUCAUGGCUCUUACCUGCGCAUCUCGGCCUUUUCCUUGGGUCCCUGUGCCGUGGUCGCGCCGUGGCACAGGGCACUGGAGCUCCUGUUCGCAGCCCAGGCAUUGCGGGUGCGGCUGGACUCCUUGUGCUGGCAAGCAGGAGUUAUAUCUUGCCGCGGCCAGUGGCAGCAUGCAGCGCACGUGUAUGCCAGAAAGCUGGAAUUCCGAGCAAGUGCCGGUGAUGCAGCAGCUGCACUUUGCCGGUCCUUUUCGCAAGGAGUUGCGUGGGCAGCAGCCUUGCAGCUUACAGGUGGCAUCCAAAGCUUGGUUGGCGUGAGCAGCGCAGCCAAAGCCUGCAGCAAGGCAACCUUCUGGAGCUCUACCCUCUUGGUACUCAGCCACAUUAUGCACCUGCAGCUUGAGCGUGAUGCCGUGGCCGAAAAUAUUGCGCUCGAAGCGACGGUUCAGGGGUCCUGGUGCGAAGGUCUUCGGUCGCUUCGACGCUCUCAAGCGCGUUUCAAAGAUGGAUCCGCAUGCUUCGUCCCAAGUUCACGGAAGCAACUUGGAAUCGCACACAACACCUGCAUCAGCGCCUGUGAGCAGUUCAGUGCCUGGGAUGCGGCUUUGGAGUUUGCGCAAGGACUGCUAAGCGCAGGGGUGAACAACAUG